CCGGCGGCGGGCGCUCGGCGGGGACGCGGCGGCGCGGGCAGCGGUAACGGCAGCGCCUCCCGGAGCCCCCCCCGCCGCCACCUCGGGGCCGACCCCGCCAUGGGGAGGCCGCUGUGAGCGCGGGGGCGGCGGGGCUGCGCCUCUCGCCCCGGCCGGGGCUUCUCCUCCAUUGUUCCCGGGAGCGGCGGGCAGCGCGACGGGGGCUCCGCUCGGAGGGGCUGACAGCCCUGCGGAGACCCCCCCGGGGCCAGCCCGGGGCCCCCAUGGAGUGGUUGUUGCAGAGCCCAGUUGCCAGGCAGUAGCUGCAGCAGUGGGAUGUUUACCUGGAGGUGCCUCAUCCUUUGGGCUGUGCUGGUCACAGCCACGCUCUCCAUUGCCAGGCCGGCUCCCACCCUGCCCGACCAAGUUCUGCCCAAAGCCAAAAUCGAAGUGGAGUCCUACUCGGCCCACCCCGGUGACCUCCUGCAGCUGCGCUGCCGGCUCAGGGAUGACGUCCAGAGCAUCAACUGGGUGCGUGACGGCGUCCAACUGGCCGAGAACAACCGGACGCGCAUCACCGGGGAGGAGGUAGAGGUCAGGGACGCGGUGCCCGAGGACUCGGGGCUCUAUGCCUGCAUGACCAACAGCCCCUCGGGGAGCGACACCACCUACUUCUCCGUGAACGUCUCAGAUGCGCUCCCCUCCGCAGAGGAUGAUGAUGAUGAAGAUGAUUCCUCCUCGGAGGAGAAGGAGGCAGAUAACACGAAGCCAAACCAGGCCAUUGCUCCCUACUGGACAUACCCUGAGAAGAUGGAGAAGAAGCUCCACGCCGUCCCCGCAGCCAAAACGGUGAAGUUCAAGUGUCCCUCGAGCGGGACCCCAAACCCCACCCUGCGCUGGCUCAAGAACGGCAAAGAGUUCAAACCCGACCACCGCAUCGGCGGCUACAAGGUCCGUUACGCGACCUGGAGCAUCAUCAUGGACUCGGUGGUGCCGUCCGACAAGGGCAACUACACGUGUAUCGUGGAGAACAAGUACGGGAGCAUCAACCACACCUACCAGCUGGAUGUCGUGGAGAGGUCCCCACACCGGCCCAUCCUGCAGGCAGGGCUGCCUGCCAACAAGACUGUAGCCCUGGGGAGCAACGUGGAGUUUGUGUGCAAGGUCUACAGUGACCCCCAGCCCCACAUCCAGUGGCUGAAGCACAUCGAGGUGAACGGCAGCAAGAUCGGCCCCGACAACCUGCCCUACGUGCAGAUCCUGAAGACGGCUGGCGUUAACACCACAGACAAGGAGAUGGAAGUGCUUCACUUAAGGAAUGUGUCCUUUGAGGAUGCUGGGGAGUAUACAUGUUUGGCGGGUAAUUCUAUUGGGAUCUCCCAUCACUCUGCAUGGUUGACAGUUCUCGAAGCUAUUGAAGACACCCCAGCCAUGAUGACGUCCCCCAUUUACCUGGAGAUCAUCAUUUACUGCACCGGGGCCUUCCUCAUCUCCUGCAUGGUGGUGACCGUCAUCAUCUACAAGAUGAAGAGCACGACCAAGAAGACAGACUUCAACAGCCAGCUGGCCGUGCACAAGCUGGCCAAGAGCAUCCCCCUGCGCAGACAGGUAACAGUGUCAGCCGACUCCAGCUCCUCCAUGAACUCGGGGGUGAUGCUGGUCCGGCCGUCCCGCCUCUCCUCCAGCGGCACCCCCAUGCUGGCCGGCGUCUCCGAGUACGAGCUGCCCGAGGACCCUCGCUGGGAGCUGCCCCGGGACAGGCUGAUCCUGGGCAAGCCCCUGGGGGAAGGCUGCUUUGGGCAGGUGGUGCUGGCAGAAGCCAUCGGCCUGGACAAGGACAAGCCAAACCGUGUCACCAAGGUGGCGGUGAAGAUGCUCAAGUCUGACGCAACAGAGAAGGAUUUGUCCGACCUCAUCUCCGAGAUGGAGAUGAUGAAGAUGAUCGGGAAGCACAAGAACAUCAUCAACCUGCUGGGAGCCUGCACGCAGGACGGACCCCUCUAUGUCAUCGUGGAGUACGCCAGCAAGGGCAACCUGCGGGAGUACCUGCAGGCACGGCGGCCCCCGGGCAUGGAGUACUGCUACAACCCCAGCCGCGUCCCCGAGGAGCAGCUCUCCUUCAAGGACCUCGUGUCCUGCGCCUACCAGGUGGCCAGGGGCAUGGAGUACCUGGCCUCCAAGAAGUGCAUCCACAGGGACCUGGCAGCCAGGAACGUGCUGGUGACCGAGGACAACGUGAUGAAGAUCGCUGACUUCGGCCUGGCCCGGGACAUCCACCACAUUGACUAUUACAAGAAGACAACAAACGGUCGUCUGCCAGUGAAGUGGAUGGCGCCUGAGGCUCUGUUUGACCGAAUAUACACCCAUCAGAGCGACGUGUGGUCCUUCGGUGUGCUGCUGUGGGAGAUCUUCACGCUGGGUGGCUCACCCUACCCCGGCGUGCCCGUCGAGGAGCUCUUCAAGCUGCUGAAGGAAGGUCACAGGAUGGACAAGCCCAGCAACUGCACCAACGAGCUGUACAUGAUGAUGCGGGAUUGCUGGCACGCCGUCCCCUCCCAGAGACCCACCUUCAAGCAGCUGGUGGAAGACCUGGACAGGAUCGUGGCCAUGACCUCCAACCAGGAGUACCUGGACCUCUCGGUGCCGCUGGAUCAGUAUUCCCCCGGCUUCCCGGACACCCGCAGCUCCACCUGCUCCUCGGGAGAGGACUCGGUGUUCUCCCACGACCCCCUUCCAGACGAGCCGUGCCUUCCCAGGCUGCCCCCUCAGCACAGCAACGGCGGACUCAGGCGACACUGAGGGUGGCUGUGCCAGCAGGGACUGCCGUGCCAGGCUGUGCCACGCCGUGCCAGACCAUGCCAGGCCGUGCCAGGCUGUGCCAGACCAUGCCAGACCAUGCCAGGCCACGCCAGGCCAUGCCAGGGCUGCUGGCUGAUGCUGCCUGCACAGCCCCACUCGUGCUGAGCUAUUGCAGAAGGGGUUCAGAGGCAUCUCCCAGCGCCAAACCCGCCCUCCCCUCGUGCCACCUUGGCUGCCAGCUCCGCAGCCCAAAGGUUUCCUUCUGCUGGAGGGGUUUUUGGUGUUUCCUGGUGGUUUAUUUUCCUUUCAAGCCUCUUUAUCCACGAAGCCUCUGCUUGAACCUUGCCAACUUGGUCGAGCUCAAAUCCUCUCCUGUGGGGCUGAGCGCCCUGCCAGGGAGGUAACCAGCUACCCUGGGCUGGCACGUCCUGGCAGGGCACAGAGACCAGCUUUUAUCUGCCCCUGGGAGAACUCAGCACGUCCUGGCAGGGCACAGAGACUAGCUUUUGUCUGCCCCUGGGAGAACUCAGCACCAGGUUCCUGUGGCCACGUGAGGCUGAAGGUGCCCGAGAUGCCAGGGAGUGGGGAGAGGCAGCGUCUGCAUUGCUCAGCACUGGGGCCAGGGGCAGCCAGACCCCCUCCCCCCGUGCCAGAGCCACAAGCUCCUGUGUACAGAACGACAAAUAUGUAUAAAUAUGAAUAUAUAUUUACAUGUCUUUUUAAAGGGGUUGUUCCCAGAGAUAUACCAGUUGGGUAGGAAGGUACUAGUGGCUGGUAGGUAUCAGUUGCUAUAUAAAACAAACAAAUCCAUAUAUUUUGCUACUUUUGCUGUUUGUAUUUUGUUUAAGUUAUGUUCUGAACCCCUCAGUGUAGGUCCCUCAGUCAGGAUUUGCUGCUGCUGCUGCUGCUGCUGCCGUUUUCUAUGGGGUUGUAUUAAACGAUGGGAAUCACGUGUCGAUGCCUUGGGGGAAUCCGCUGUCCUUACGUGCCUGGCCUUGCCCUGCCACCCCCCUGGGGCUGGGGCUGGGGGUGGGCAUCACCCAUGGCACCAUAUUGGUGUGUGGGGUGCCCUGUGUUUUGGCAGAGUGAGGGGUGGGGACGGUGCCAUGGGGAGGGGGCUGCAGCCCCUGCCCCGGUGCUUGGCUUCUCUUGGGAAGGAGCAGAGGAGUGUGCCUGGGCUCAACCAGGAUGCCAGAGUGAUGCCACGUGGCACAGACUCCCCCAGCCCGGCUCAGUGCCCGCUCCCAGCCCCACGCAGCCCCCGCUCCCGGGCCGAUGCCCACCAGUGCCUUACCAGCACCUGGGGAAGGGUCCUUGGCCAGGCUGCCGUGCCCACCGGCCUCCUCCUCCAGCCAGGCUCUGCUCCCUGGGGCUGGUGCUGGUUUGCUGUGCCAGGGAGGAUGGGGCAUUUCCCUCUCUGGGAAGGGGCCACGUGUGUGCCCUCCCUCCCUGCCCCUCUCCCCGCCCCUCUCCCCGCCGCUGGCAUUGGGACUCCAGAGCCAGGAUGCUGUUACUUGAAAAGUUUAUUUUGCCUUUGUAUGGAGAAAUAUUAUUUGUUGUAAACUCUUCUGUAAUGAAUCUGGAAUUCUUGUAAUUAUUAAAGACUUUAACCAAGA